GCGUUGGAGAGUCAACUGGGAAGGGCGAUCAACAUGGGAACCCGGAUUGUGCUGCUGCUGCUUCUGGGGAGCUUGGCGUUGGCCGAGGCAGCGAGAGGCCCACCCAGAAUUGCCGACAAAGUGAUCCACCGGCAAUCAGCAAGGUUAGGAAGAACCAUCAAGCUUCUGUGUCCGGUCGAAGGCGACCCACCGCCUCUCACUAUGUGGACGAAGGACGGGAGGAUGAUCCACAGUGGGUGGAUGAGGUUCCGUGUCCUCCAACAAGGCCUGAAGAUCAAGGAGGUGGAAAGCGAGGACGCUGGGACCUACAUCUGCAAAGCCACCAACGGUUUUGGCAGCAUGAAUGUGAACUAUACCCUCAUUGUGAUCGAAUUUUACCAGGAGAACUCACUUCCAUUUUUCCUAGAGGUAGACCAGAAAGAGAAGUCUUUGGUGAUAGAAGUAUGCAGACUAGAAUGUAUCAGUCAACUAAUGGAAGCCCUCCUAUCCUUAUCCUUUAGUAGGAAAUUUAUGAAAGAAAGAGACUGCCAGCGAGAUUAA